GCCAACGCGUACCCUCUACCAUGGGACCUCCGCUUGGCGCUCGUUCGAUCCUCAAGGUUUCAAUGCUGUAUAUAUAGAGAUGGCUGCCCCCAGGCGAUACCGAUAUUGCUACUCUCUUCUUCCUUAUCCGACGACAGCACAUCUUUCUCACCUUGUUACGUUCUUUCUUUCUAGUUCUGGGAACUAUAUUUUUUCUCGUUACCUUCUCACGCUCUUUUGCGCUCCGGCAUUUCUAUCAUUAGGCAGGGCCUGUUUUUUACUUCACGAUCUCUACCUAUUACGAACGAUCGUUAACUUCGAUAAUCCGACAAUAUGAAGGUUGAAACGAGUGCUGUUUUGUUGGCUAUGUUGGGCGUGGCUUCUGCCCGCCCUGAUGCUGUGCGGUUGUUCAGAAAGAACCGCCAUGCUGUUGGUGACUCGGCCAAGUUCAGGCGCGAGGUUCCUCAGGAGCACUCCCACAACAAGUUCCUCACCGGCGUUGGUGCCGCCUUGAACUUGAACAACGUCGACCAGGUCCAAGACCCCGUCUUCGCUCUGCUAGGAAACGCCGCCGCUGCUCAAGGCGCCGGUCUAGUCACGAACUUGGACUGCUUGCAACAGCGUGUUGCUGAUCAGGCCUUUACCAAUGCUAAGGCAGCUAACGACGUUGAGGGCAUGACCAACGCGCUGAUCUUCCGUGCACUUGAAAGGAACACCGGUUCCGUCGGCCUGGCCUCCGUUCUCUGCAACGAAACUGCAAAGAACCCUGAGAUCGCUGCCAUCCAACAGCACCAGGACCCCGCCUCUAACGGUGCUGCUGCUCUAAACAAGCAGAUCACCCUCGACCUAGCUGCUCAGCUCUCGUCGAUCGGCGCCGAUCCCCAACUCGCCCUACAAUCCGGAACCUUCGCACCUGGCCAGAUUGGUGACACAACCGGCGCUGGCAACACUUGCGACACUGAAGACGACACGGAGGGUUGCAUUUUCACCCAGAACCUCCUUGUUGAGGAUGCCACUGCCGACGAGAUUAAUGCCGCCGUUGCUGCCGCGGGUGGCAGCGCAAGUGCAGGCAGCGCUAACGCUAACGUUGGAAACUCCACUGCUGCCACCGGCGCCGCUGCUGCUGAUGAUUCUUGCGAGGAUGAUGGUGCUGCCGCCAGCGCCGACGCCGCUAGUAACAGCACCGCCGGCGCUGCCUCCGACGCAGCCAGCGGAGCCACCGCCACUACCGGCAACAACGUCAACACCUUCACCGGCAGCGUCGGUUCCGCCCCCGUUCCCGUGAUCAGCUCCAACGCCGCCAAGCCCUUCUCGGUCAACGGCGCCGAAUUCCUGAACCAGGGCGCCGCCAUCCAACGCGCGUGCGAUGUACAAAAGAACGCAUGCGCGAACGCAGCCAACAGCGGCGCCGACGCCUCCAUCACGGUCGCCGACUGCGACGCCCAGCAGCAACAGUGCGUAGCCCAACAAAACGGGGCCAAGCGUCGCCAGGCGGCCGCCGACACGGGCGACUGCGGAUCCCCCGCGAUCUCGUUCGGGAAGCAGGCGGACCGCCCCGACGAGGACGCGUUCGCGCCCGUCGACACGCAGGACUUCCAGCACGGGUCGGCGCUCAAGCCCGCCGUCAUCACGGACUUCAUCUGCCAGCAGCUGGGCUCCAAGUGCGGCGCGUCCGACGCCACCGUCCAGGCCUGCAACGAGGGCGCCGACGCGGCCAACUCGCUUUCCGGCCAGGCUGCUGCUGACGCUUUCAACGCCGCGCUCGGCGUUUAAGAAUAGAGGGAGAGGGAGAGAGAGCGGAAGAUGCAAAGGCCUGCUUGCCUUGCCUGCCUCGCUCGUUCCGAUUUUAGAGGGCGAGCGGGGCUGGUUAGGCGGGGAGUUAUGAGGAACGAAC